CGCCUCUCAGCCUUCCUGAGAAAUCUGACAGCAACCCUCUUUGCACGCUGGGGCCCAGUUCAAAGUGGGCUUGUGCACCCAGGACUUAAAACGGAUGGCCAAAAUGAAAAGUUGAGAGCUGUGGUCUGCACCUUCUGUGUGCAGCUGCCGAAUCCUUGACGAAUUGUAGGCUGAAGCUUAAUCUUAGCUGAUCUUGGUGAAUUUAACUGUGCGCCUGUGUUUCUUGCAGCACCAGAGGAAGAUGGAUGAUAGUGUUCUUUAUACAUUGGCCCUUUCACUCGUAUUUUAGGGGUCUGGAAGUAAGCAAGUGAUCAAGGUUGAGGUUUCCGAGCAUUUUACCUACUUGUGGUUGUUGGUUUCUCCCUCUGACCCUCCAAAUAAAAAUUGAAUUACAGUGGAGGAUUCUAAUAUUUCUAGAGUUUCUUUGUGCGAUAUACUUAUAUAUAAGACAGUAGACAUUUUUGGUUUUAAUAAAACCAUAUUUCUGUGAAUUAUGAUGUCCCAAGAAAGGAAAUAUUCAAAUGAAUUACUUUUUUUUGACAGUUGUAUUUUUGUUGCUCUGAAUCUUUUUAGUUUGCUGACAUUUCUUAAAGAUUUGUGGACUUCCCUUUAAAAAAGUCUUUUCUUAAGUGUCGACUUCCAUAGUGUUACACUCUUUUAUCAAGGAGACUGAUAUCUCCUUGAUAAAAGCCUUGUGCUUUUUUUUCUUUGUAGCUUUAAAACUUAUUUCAUUUUCUCUUUCAGAGACAAAAUGGCAAGUGCUUAAGAAAAUAGGCUCUACUGUCACUCUGAUAUGGGUUCAAAUUCUGACUGUUGUUUUCUAACUUGGAACAUUGGCCAAGUUGUUGGGCCUAGUUUUAUUUAGUUUUCCUCAUCUGGAAAAUAGGGAUACUAAUAGUAUCCAGCCUAUAGCGUUGUUGUGGACAUUAAAUGGCGCGAUUUGUAUAAUACACUUAGUAUAGUGCAUGGCUUAUACUAGCUGUCAUUGAACACUUGUAAUAGUAUAUGGAUUUGUGAGAGGAAAUUAUUUUUUUUUUGUAAAAUAACUGGGUCUUAUUUCUGAUGGCAGUAAUCUUCUAAAAAAAGUACACAUUAGAGAGUUAGCCAAGAAAUGUAUACAUGGUUCUCUAUUAAUGGAGUUUGUCAUCAGAUGGGACAGGACAUACCACUAGAAUAAAAGAUAAUCAGUUGUGCUCAACAACACAAAGUACAAACAAGGAUAGCCUUGUAAAAUUAUAAAAUUAAGUAAGGCAAUGGGAAUGAAGAGACAUGCACUGAUUGGAGAGACACUUAGGAGAUAGACAUGGUGGUGAUCAGUGAUUCAUUGGGCACAGAAGGGGAGGAAGACUGAGGAGUCUGGCAUGACAUCCAGGUUUCUGACUUCGGCAACCAGGUAGAUGAUGGUGGCAGUCAUUGGGAUAAGGGAGUACAGGAGGAGGAAGGGGUUUGAGAGUGGAAGAUGAAGUGGGAUGGAGAUGAUGAUUCAGUUUGGACAUGUUGAUUUUGAGGUGCUCAUGAAUCAUUUAGAGAAAAAUAUCUAUUAGGUUUUUGGUGCAAGUUUAAGAUGCAGAAGAGGGAUUGGGCUGGAGAUCUAUUAUAAAUUUGAGGGGCAUCAGCAAGUAGAUUGUAUUUGAUGCCAGGGGAGUUGAUGAGAUUGUCCAGAAAAAAUGUGCAGACUUAAGUUGGAGAGAAAGCCAAGGAUAGAACUGCUAACUGUGGCAGCUGAAGUUAGGAAGCAGAUCUCUGGACAAUAUAGUGGUUCUCCUCAGCUACUCAAAAACCUCAACAUUGUUGGCAAUAUAUCCCAUCACACCACAGUGCCCCUUACUGAAGCAGUAGACCCGGUAGAUUUUGAAGAUUACCUCAUUACUCAUCCUUUAGCUGUGGAUUCUGGGCCUUUAAGGGAAUUGAUUGAAUUUCCUCCAGAUGAUAUUGAAGUUGUUUAUAGUCCUCGGGACUGCAGAACCCUUGUUUCAGCUGUACCUGAAGAAAGUGAAAUGGAUCCACAUGUUAGAGAUUGUAUAAGAAGUUAUACAGAAGACUGGGCAAUUGUGAUCAGAAAAUAUCAUAAACUGGGAACAGGAUUUAAUCCCAAUACAUUAGAUAAACAGAAAGAAAGGCAAAAAGGUUUGCCAAAACAGGUCUUUGAAUCUGAUGAAGCUCCAGAUGGCAACAACUACCAGGAUGAUCAAGAUGAUCUUAAGAGACGUUCAAUGUCAAUAGAUGAUACUCCAAGGGGUAGCUGGGCCUGUAGUAUCUUUGACUUAAAAAAUUCACUUCCGGAUGCUUUGCUUCCCAAUUUACUUGAUCGAACACCGAAUGAAGAAAUAGACCGUCAGAAUGAUGACCAAAGGAAAUCAAACCGUCACAAGGAACUCUUUGCUUUGCAUCCUUCACCAGAUGAGGAAGAAUCAAUAGAAAGGCUUAGUGUUCCUGAUGUACCCAAAGAACAUUUUGGUCAAAGACUUCUUGUAAAAUGUUUAUCACUCAAGUUUGAAAUUGAAAUUGAACCCAUUUUUGCAAGUUUGGCUUUAUAUGAUGUCAAGGAAAAGAAAAAGAUUUCAGAAAACUUUUAUUUUGACCUUAAUUCUGAGCAGAUGAAAGGAUUGUUACGUCCACAUGUACCACCUGCUGCCAUAACCACCCUGGCAAGAUCAGCUAUUUUUUCUAUCACUUAUCCCUCCCAAGAUGUUUUUCUUGUAAUAAAGCUAGAAAAAGUUCUACAGCAAGGAGAUAUUGGAGAGUGUGCAGAACCAUAUAUGAUUUUCAAAGAAGCAGAUGCCACCAAGAAUAAGGAAAAAUUGGAGAAGCUGAAAAGUCAAGCUGAUCAGUUUUGCCAAAGACUUGGGAAAUAUCGCAUGCCUUUUGCCUGGACUGCGAUCCAUCUGAUGAAUAUUGUUAGCAGCGCUGGGAGUUUGGAGAGAGAUUCUACAGAAGUAGAAAUCAGUACUGGAGAGCGAAAAGGGUCUUGGUCAGAGAGAAGGAAUUCUAGUAUUGUUGGCAGACGAUCACUUGAAAGGACAACAAGUGGAGAUGAUGCUUGUAAUUUGACCAGCUUUCGACCAGCUACUCUCACAGUGACUAAUUUCUUUAAGCAGGAAGGAGACCGCUUAAGUGAUGAAGAUCUAUACAAAUUCCUUGCUGAUAUGAGAAGGCCAUCUUCUGUCUUACGGCGACUAAGGCCUAUUACAGCUCAGCUGAAGAUAGAUAUUUCUCCUGCACCUGAAAAUCCCCAUUAUUGCCUAACCCCAGAGCUGCUUCAAGUGAAGCUUUACCCUGACAGUAGAGUUAGACCUACCAGAGAAAUUUUAGAGUUUCCUGCCAGGGAUGUUUAUGUUCCAAACACUACUUACAGAAAUCUUCUAUACAUAUACCCUCAGAGUCUUAAUUUUGCCAAUCGUCAAGGUUCUGCCAGAAACAUAACAGUAAAAGUCCAGUUUAUGUAUGGAGAAGAUCCAAGCAAUGCCAUGCCGGUAAUCUUUGGUAAAUCUAGCUGUUCAGAAUUUUCAAAGGAAGCGUAUACAGCCGUAGUAUAUCAUAACAGGUCUCCUGAUUUUCAUGAAGAAAUCAAGGUUAAACUUCCUGCUACUUUAACUGACCAUCAUCACUUGCUUUUUACUUUUUAUCAUGUUAGUUGUCAACAAAAACAAAAUACUCCUCUUGAAACCCCAGUUGGAUAUACAUGGAUACCAAUGCUUCAGAAUGGGCGAUUGAAGACUGGCCAGUUUUGCCUACCGGUCUCACUGGAAAAACCACCACAGGCUUAUUCUGUACUGUCUCCUGAGGUUCCUCUGCCUGGCAUGAAAUGGGUAGAUAAUCACAAAGGUGUUUUUAAUGUUGAAGUUGUUGCUGUUUCAUCUAUCCAUACACAAGAUCCUUAUCUUGACAAGUUUUUUGCUCUGGUCAAUGCUCUGGAUGAACACAUGUUCCCAGUCCGAAUUGGAGACAUGCGAAUCAUGGAAAAUAACUUAGAAAAUGAAUUGAAGAGCAGUAUUUCAGCAUUGAAUUCAUCUCAGUUGGAACCAGUGGUCAGAUUUCUUCAUCUUCUGCUUGAUAAACUGAUACUUUUAGUUGUUAGACCUCCUGUCAUUGCUGGCCAAAUAGUUAAUCUAGGUCAAGCAUCUUUUGAAGCCAUGGCAUCUAUUAUAAAUCGACUUCAUAAAAACUUGGAAGGAAAUCAUGAUCAGCAUGGCAGAAACAGCCUUCUUGCAUCAUAUAUCUAUUAUGUUUUUCGCCUACCCAAUACUUACCCUAAUUCACCAUCACCAGGUCCUGGGGGUUUGGGAGGAUCAGUGCAUUAUGCCACAAUGGCUAGAUCUGCUGUGAGACCUGCAAGCCUUAAUUUAAAUCGUUCUCGGAGCCUUAGUAAUAGUAAUCCAGAUAUAUCUGGGACUCCCACGUCACCAGAUGAUGAAGUUCGGUCAAUCAUCGGCAAUAAGGGUUUAGAUCGCUCCAAUUCCUGGGUUAACACUGGUGGUCCAAAAGCUGCCCCAUGGGGAUCCAACCCCAGUCCAAGUGCAGAAUCAACACAGGCUAUGGAUCGAAGUUGUAAUCGUAUGUCUUCGCACACAGAGACGUCAAGUUUCUUACAAACAUUAACGGGACGCUUACCAACUAAAAAGGGAAAGGAAGAUGAGUUAGAAAAAUUCUUACUUUUUCAUGAGGAGCUGGCUUUGCAGUGGGUUGUUUGCAGUGGCAGCGUUCGGGAAUCAGCUUUGCAACAAGCCUGGUUCUUUUUUGAGUUAAUGGUAAAGAGCAUGGUACACCAUUUAUACUUUAAUGAUAAACUUGAUGCUCCAAGGAAAAGUCGUUUUCCAGAACGUUUCAUGGAUGACAUUGCUGCUCUUGUCAGCACGAUUGCUAGUGAUAUAGUUUCACGAUUUCAGAAGGACACAGAAAUGGUUGAAAGACUCAAUACAAGCCUUGCAUUCUUUCUCAAUGAUCUGUUGUCUGUUAUGGACAGAGGAUUUGUUUUUAGCCUAAUAAAGUCCUGCUAUAAACAGGUGUCUUCAAAGCUUUAUUCGUUACCAAAUCCAAGUGUCCUGGUGUCCUUGAGGCUGGAUUUUCUACGAAUCAUCUGCAGCCAUGAGCACUAUGUUACAUUAAACUUACCGUGUAGCUUACUUACUCCACCUGCAUCUCCAUCACCUUCUGUUUCUUCUGCGACAUCUCAGAGUUCUGGAUUUUCCACAAAUGUACAAGACCAGAAGAUUGCAAAUAUGUUUGAAUUGUCUGUGCCUUUCCGCCAACAGCAUUAUUUGGCAGGACUUGUGUUAACAGAGCUCGCUGUCAUUUUAGACCCUGAUGCUGAAGGACUGUUUGGAUUGCAUAAGAAAGUCAUCAAUAUGGUACACAAUUUACUAUCCAGUCAUGACUCAGACCCCCGGUACUCUGACCCUCAGAUAAAGGCUCGGGUGGCCAUGUUGUAUCUACCUCUGAUUGGUGUUAUUAUGGAAACUGUACCUCAGCUGCAUGAUUUUACAGAAACUCACAAUCAACGAGGAAGACCAAUUUGUAUAGCGACAGAUGAUUUUGAAAGUGAAAAUGGAAAUAUGAUAAGCCAGACUGUUGCAAUGGCAAUUGCAGGAACAUCAGUCCCUCAACUAACAAGGCCUGGCAGUUUCCUCCUCACAUCAACGAGUGGCAGGCAACACACUACCUUUUCUGCAGAAUCAAGUCGAAGCCUUUUGAUCUGUCUACUUUGGGUUCUCAAAAAUGCAGAUGAAACAGUUCUACAAAAGUGGUUUACAGAUCUCUCAGUCCUGCAGCUAAACCGGCUAUUAGAUCUGCUUUAUCUCUGUGUAUCUUGCUUCGAAUACAAAGGGAAAAAAGUGUUUGAAAGAAUGAAUAGUUUGACCUUUAAGAAAUCAAAAGACAUGAGAGCAAAGCUUGAAGAAGCUAUCCUUGGGAGCAUAGGUGCUAGGCAAGAAAUGGUGCGCCGAAGCCGAGGACAGCUUGAGAGAAGCCCAUCUGGAAGUGCCUUUGGAAGUCAAGAAAAUCUGAGGUGGAGAAAAGAUAUGACUCACUGGCGUCAGAACACAGAGAAGUUUGACAAGUCAAGAGCAGAGAUUGAACAUGAAGCAUUGAUUGAUGGAAACCUGGCUACUGAAGCAAACCUAAUCAUUUUGGAUACAUUAGAGAUUAUUGUACAGACAGUUUCUGUAACAGAAUCCAAAGAGAGCAUCCUUGGUGGGGUGCUAAAAGUGCUACUACAUAGCAUGGCCUGUAACCAAAGUGCAGUUUAUCUACAACAUUGUUUUGCUACACAGAGAGCCUUGGUUUCAAAGUUUCCUGAACUCUUAUUUGAAGAAGAGACAGAGCAGUGUGCUGAUUUAUGCCUCAGGCUUCUCCGACACUGUAGCAGUAGCAUCAGUACGAUACGGUCACAUGCUAGCGCCUCCCUUUACCUACUAAUGAGACAAAACUUUGAGAUUGGGAAUAACUUUGCCAGAGUUAAAAUGCAGGUAACAAUGUCACUAUCCUCAUUGGUGGGCACAUCUCAAAAUUUUAAUGAAGAAUUCUUGAGACGUUCUCUAAAGACUAUAUUGACAUAUGCUGAAGAAGAUCUGGAAUUGAGGGAAACAACAUUUCCUGAUCAGGUACAAGAUCUGGUUUUCAAUCUCCAUAUGAUCCUUUCUGAUACUGUUAAAAUGAAGGAACACCAGGAAGAUCCUGAAAUGUUGAUUGAUCUAAUGUACAGAAUUGCCAAAGGUUACCAGACCUCUCCAGAUCUGCGAUUGACCUGGUUACAGAACAUGGCUGGCAAACACUCAGAGCGAAGCAACCAUGCUGAAGCUGCGCAAUGUCUAGUCCACUCAGCAGCACUUGUUGCUGAAUAUUUGAGCAUGCUGGAAGACAGGAAAUAUCUUCCUGUAGGAUGUGUAACAUUUCAGAAUAUUUCAUCUAAUGUUUUAGAAGAAUCUGCAGUCUCAGAUGACGUAGUAUCUCCAGAUGAAGAAGGUAUCUGCUCUGGAAAGUACUUUACUGAGUCAGGACUUGUGGGAUUACUGGAACAAGCAGCUGCUUCUUUCUCUAUGGCUGGCAUGUAUGAAGCAGUUAAUGAGGUUUACAAAGUACUCAUUCCUAUUCAUGAAGCUAAUCGGGAUGCAAAGAAACUAUCCACAAUUCAUGGUAAACUUCAAGAAGCAUUCAGCAAAAUUGUUCAUCAGAGUACUGGCUGGGAGCGGAUGUUUGGCACCUAUUUUCGUGUUGGUUUUUAUGGAACCAAGUUCGGGGAUUUGGAUGAACAAGAAUUUGUUUACAAGGAGCCUGCAAUAACCAAACUUGCAGAGAUAUCUCACAGAUUGGAGGGAUUUUAUGGAGAAAGAUUUGGAGAGGAUGUGGUUGAAGUAAUCAAGGACUCUAAUCCUGUAGACAAGUGUAAAUUGGAUCCUAACAAGGCAUAUAUUCAGAUUACCUACGUGGAGCCAUACUUUGACACAUAUGAGAUGAAGGACAGAAUCACAUAUUUCGACAAAAAUUAUAAUCUUCGACGUUUCAUGUACUGUACACCCUUCACUUUAGAUGGUCGUGCCCAUGGGGAACUUCAUGAACAAUUCAAAAGGAAGACCAUUCUGACUACUUCUCAUGCCUUUCCUUAUAUUAAAACAAGGGUCAAUGUCACUCAUAAAGAGGAGAUCAUCUUAACACCAAUUGAAGUUGCUAUUGAAGACAUGCAGAAAAAGACACAGGAGUUGGCAUUUGCAACACAUCAGGAUCCAGCAGAUCCCAAAAUGCUUCAAAUGGUACUCCAGGGAUCUGUAGGCACAACAGUUAAUCAGGGGCCUCUAGAAGUUGCCCAGGUUUUCCUAUCUGAAAUUCCCAAUGACCCAAAGCUCUUCAGACAUCAUAAUAAACUUCGACUCUGCUUUAAAGAUUUUACUAAAAGGUGUGAAGAUGCCUUAAGAAAAAAUAAGAGCUUAAUUGGGCCAGAUCAAAAGGAGUAUCAAAGAGAACUGGAGAGAAACUAUCAUCGCCUUAAAGAGGCCCUACAGCCACUGAUAAACAGAAAGAUCCCUCAGUUAUAUAAGGCAGUAUUGCCUGUCACCUGCCACAGAGAUUCCUUCAGUCGAAUGAGUCUUCGCAAAAUGGAUCUCUAAGAUAAAUGCACUUGUUUUACUCAUUUGAAAAGAGCCAUGUGUUCAACAUUGAGUGUGAAAAGAAGUUAAGAUCUAUUGAAAAAUAAGACAGGAUGGAAUUCUGGAAAUUAUGUUGAUUUACUCAUUGAAGAAUGCAGUGGCCAAAACAAUAUCAAACGUAGAUUGUUAAAGUUUGGGAAUCAUGGCUAUGGUUUCUAAUGUUCUGGUAACAUACUGUUAUCUUUUUUUAAAGACAUUUUAAUGACUCAAAGGUACACUAUACAUUUACCAUUAUUUAUACCAUAGCUAAUGUUAAAUUUAUUUACUUUAAGUUCAUAUUUCUUAAUUUAUAUUACCACUUAUAGAUUGAUUUUGGAACCAUUUUAAAUGUAGUAAUGCUUAUUUUAAAGGUACUAUUAAAUAUGUGAAUGUUUACACUAA